AUGGCCAACUUAUUGUUAAUAAUAUUAUUAUAUUGUWUGCUAACWACUAAUAUACCAUUUGUCAGGUGUUUUAGUGCCGACACUGUCGGCCGUUUAGAGCGGCUGUUAGACUCUGAACAGCAAUGGCUGUCAGCACUGGACGACUAUUUGUCGGCAGAGGAAUACCGUAUUCAACAGUUACGGGAUUUGUGGCAACGAUUGACAAUAUUGAAUGAAAACGGAUUGAUAGAUAAGGAGUCCUAUUUGGGACAUCCGCUGGAUGUGUACGCGUCAGUCAAACGGAUGGCCGUCGAGUGGCCACAUAUUGACCAACUGGUCCUAAGCARGACAUCCAUACAGUUAUACGACAAAGUAUUAUCCAGAGAUAUGACUGUAAUCACUGACCAACACUUAAAUGAGGCCGCCGACGGUAUCGGUCGACUUCAAUACUAUUAUAAAUUGCAGACAAAAGUGUUGGCAAACGGUGUUCUCGACUACAAAAGCCGAUCGCUGGACGACAGUGUUUGGCGCCACUCGGACUCGGCCCUCGAGAUGGACGCCUACGACUGCUAUCUGAUGGCCAGUCGGACAUUUCGGGCCGGCGACUAUCAGCACUCGAUCGAAUGGUGCACUGAGGCCAUCAAACGGCUGGACGAUCCGAAAAACUAUAACCAAUAUAUCGAUAUCAAUGACCAACAGAUAAGUGAAAUCGUGUCGUUUGUUUCGUAUGUUUAUCAUAAACGCGAAAUCAAUAGCAACUCUUUGAUGACACCAUUGAUGAGAUUAGUGACGAAACUGAUUCCCCAAAAAACUGUUGACAAUAUAGCAGUUGACUAUCAAAAGACAAUGAUGACAACCGACAAACCGCCAAUCAAUGACCAAACAAUUAGCGAACAAUCGCCGACAGAUAACGAAGCRUUUGAACAGUUGUGUCGCGAAGAAAGAUAUCUGUCCCAGAAAUACAGUUCCCGAUUGCGAUGCUAUCAUCUGAACACAGCUGUCAUACCAUCACUGCGGCUGACACGUGUCAAAGUGGAAGUCAUACAUAAAAAGCCAUACAUUUGGCUAAUYCACGGAUUUCUUUCGCCAACGGAGUCGGAAACUGUYAAAAGUAUUGCCCGUCAAGAGCUGGACCGGCAGUCGUCAACCGUCGCCGACAAACCCGACGCWGCAGUACAUCGCUGGACACUGAGAUCGACGCACAUCGACACUGAUCAUCCAGUGUUCGGUCARWUAUCUMGACGACUGGCCACCAUUACGGGUGUCGGUGUAUCGUCUGGCGAGCCAAUCGAUGUGAUCAGGUAUGGCGCCGGUGGUUAUUAUCGUCAACAUCACGACAGUGACCUACAUCAUCAUCAUCAUUGGACAUCGAAAAAUUUGCUGACAUGGCUAACAUGGCUUAGCGAUGUUGAACUGGGAGGUGAUAUAGUAUUUCCAGCGCUUAACGUAACAGUACAUCCGGCACCGGGAUCGGCACUGGUCUGGUACAGUCUGCUACAGAAUAACGCCGACGACCCGAAAACAGUUCACGGCCAGUGUCCUGUUUUGUUAGGCCAGAAAUGGGUGGCCACCAAAUUGGUGUCCACUAGAGGAGGACAGGUAUCUUCAAGGUUUCAGUGUCCGAAAAAGUAUAGCAAAUACUAUAAUUAUAUUAAUAAUAAUAACGGUAUUGAUUGA